UGGAGUUGGGCCUGCCCACCUCCCGGCCGGUCCGCCGCGCGGUUCCAGUUUCGCCUCUCGUCGCCGGUCCUGGCGAGCCCCGCCUCCUUGAUCUCCGACCAGCAGCUUCCCCACUGCCCACUCCCCAGCCCCGGACGUGCCCUUCGCCGGUGCUGUCAUGGCGUUCGGCCGACGGAGCCCCGGAUCCUCGCGGCACCCUCCCGCGCUCACCAUCGUCACGGCGCUACUCCUCGCCUCCCUCUACUUCGCCGCCGCGGCGGCGGCUCUAUCGCCCACCGACGCGAUGCACAACAACAACUGGGCCGUGCUCGUGUGUACCUCCCGCUUCUGGUUUAAUUAUCGACACAUGGCGAAUACAUUGUCCCUAUACAGGACUGUUAAGAGAUUAGGAAUACCUGAUGAGCGAAUCAUACUUAUGUUGGCGGACGAUAUGGCCUGUAACCCAAGGAACAGCUAUCCUGCCCAAGUUUUCAAUAAUGAGAACCACCAGCUAAAUCUCUAUGGUGACAAUGUUGAGGUCGAUUAUCGAGGGUAUGAGGUGACAGUUGAAAAUUUCUUGAGAGUUUUGACUGGCCGACAUGAAAGUGCUGUACCAAGAUCGAAGCGUCUUCUUAGUGAUGAAGGAAGUCAUAUACUUUUGUACAUGACUGGACAUGGUGGUGAUGAAUUUUUGAAGUUCCAAGAUUCUGAAGAGCUUCAGAGCCAUGACUUAGCAGAUGCUGUGAAGCAAAUGAAGGAGAAGCAUAGAUUUAAAGAGCUGCUGAUAAUGGUAGAUACCUGCCAAGCUGCUACUCUCUUUUCACAGCUUCAGUCACCUGGUGUUUUGGCGAUUGGUAGUAGCAUGAAGGGUGAAAACUCUUAUUCUCACCAUCUUGAUUCAGAUGUAGGUGUUUCUGUUGUGGAUAGGUUUACCUAUUAUACACUUGCUUUCUUUGAGAAACUGAACAUGUAUAGCAAUGCCUCACUGAACAGCCUUUUCACCUCAUACAAUCCUUCCAUGCUGUUGUCUACUGCAUAUUAUCGAAUGGAUCUUUAUGAACGUCCCUUAAAUGAGGUGCCUGUGACAAAUUUUUUUGGAUCAGUCAUGAAGACUCUCCACACUGAUUCAGCCUACACAGGUUUCUUGGCUGCGCAUGACAAUGAAACUCCAAUGUCCACGGGAGAUAACCUUGAUGAUCAUUUCAUGUUAAAGGGCAGGGCUAUCGCACGAAGAUCAACCAUAGAAAAGGAGGCACAAUUAACACCGCAUGGAUGGACUGAAGUUCUGGCUGAACAGCUGGAGGGAAAGAAUACUGAUACUGUUGUGAUGUAUGGUCUGGGAGCUAUGGGUAUACUGUUGGCACUUUCAACCUGGUUAUCAAUGUAGGCACCAAAAAAGUGUGGUUCGUAGUCUCUUACGCUAUCCAUCUCUGGUCCGCGUGCGAGAGAGAGAAAAGAGAUAAUAUGUUUGGGAGGUCUUUUAGAUUUUUUCUCUUGGUUUUUAAAUUCAUUAACGAUGAUUAGAGUUCUUUAGAAAAUGCUGUAUGUAGUUCUUUAGGGAUUACUGUGUUAUCGUUUUAUUUAUUUAACAUGAUCUUUUGGGAAAGACUUGUGCAUAUGGAAGUUUGGUUAUCUUGAUAGCCAUUUGAGU